GGAAUUAACAGGAAGUGCAUCCAUCCCUGCACUAUACCUACGUUACCUAGCAACCAUCAUACUGUAAACAAACUAAAGUGUGCAAUUUAGAAUGAGCAACCCUACAGAAGAACAAUUAUUCAAAGCAGUGAAAGAAUCUUUGGAAAAAGAUGGACGUUUAGGAAGGUUUAAAGCGCAACUGUGUUCAUCCGUUAUGUCAAUACUUCACACACGUCAACCUACCAAAGAGGAUUUCGGAGAAAUACCUGAAGAAACUAAGAUAAUUAACGAAUUACUGAGAGAAUACCUUCUGUGGAACGGAUACGUUUAUUCGGAAAAUUUUUUGAGCGUUGAAUCUGGCGCGGAUAAGGACAAGCAGCCUAAAGAAAAAGUUGCUGCCAAAUUGGGAAUAAUCGAUGUUCCACGUAAAUCGGAAAUUCCAUUGCUGUAUUACAUUGUUUCGGCGUUUCAGAAUCACGACGAAUAAAUUUGCGAAUUUCUAAGA